AUGGACGCAAGAUCACCCAUUGAGGGUACAAACCCGACAAUUGCCUUGUCAAUCGCGUUCAAUGCUGACUCCAGCCACUUCGCUGUCGGCUUGAAUUCCGGAUACCGGAUCAUCAAUGUCAUGACAUGUAGGACAGAAUCUUCAAAAGAGCUGCAGAAAGGGGUCGGAUUCGUCCAGAUGCUAAACAGAACCAACAUCCUGGCCAUUGUGGGUGGCGGCCGUCGGCGACUGUUCAACCAGAACAAGGUUGUCAUCUGGGACGAUGGCAAGAACCAGCCCGUCAGAGAGAUCACCUGCCUUUCUCCAGUGCGCGGCAUCCGGCUUGUGCGCAACGAGAUUAUCGCCGCCCUCUCCAACGAAGUGCGCGUGUAUAACUACCGCAAGUCUACGCCGGAGCUGCUUGCUAGGUACCCAACGGCAGAUAAUUUCCAGGGUCUGUGCGCCGUGUCUGCGCGCAUGUUAGCAUUCCCUGGCAGGACUCAGGGCCAAGUCCAGCUCGUUGAGUCGAGGAGUGGCGACGUCAGCAUCAUUCCCGCACACGCCAGUCCCUUGAGGGCACUUGCCUUCAGUCCGGAUGGUGAUCUCUUGGCCACGGCCAGUGAAAAGGGUACCCUGAUUCGAGUUUGGUCAACCAAGACCAAUGCCAAGGUUGUAGAGCUGAGACGAGGAGCCGAUCCUGCCUUGAUCUUCUCAUUGGCCUUCAACCCCUCAGGCACCCUACUCGCCUCGACCUCUGACAAGGGCACCCUCCACAUCUAUGAUAUCCCAUCAUCAGCACCACGGGCCUCGGAGCACAGUAGAUCUGGCACCGGCUCUAAUGACUCAGAAACCUCCUCCCUGUGUGAACCUGGUCCCGACAUUAGCAAGGUCGAUUCCAAGGGGAAAUGGGGCCUCAUCGGGAAGCUUCCACUGUUACCGCAGUACUUUCGAGACAUCACCUCCUUUGCCAGCGUCGAGUUUUCCAUCGGCGACGACCCGGACAUGGCCCCUGCCAUUAGCCAAGAGGCCGCAUCGAUGGGCUUGCCACAACUGCCCAAGGGCAUAGCCGUGUGGCCAGACGAGGAUACCGUCAUCGUCAUUGGCGCCGGGGCUGAUGCCAGGUGGGAGAAAUUUGUCAUCACCAUGGGCCAAGACGGAUUGCGGACGUGUAUCAGGAAGGGGUGGAAGAAAUAUCUCGAAGACAAUUGA